CGUAAUCGCCUCUGCUGCGAUUACCUACAAGAAACGCCUUCAAAGUGAUCAAAACGGGUCGUCCACGCAAAAUCGUAAAAAUUGUGCGGAAAAAGAAGAAAAAUGGCAGCGAUGCCACCAGUGAAACGGACACUGAAAGACGUAGUUCCACCGCAUCGCUAACAACAACAACGCGUUCUUUCGAUAUGGACGAUGAUAAUGGUGGUGGCGGUGAUGUUGGCAGUGGCACAACCGAUAAAUCACAAUCCUCCAACCUGAUACGCGUAUCUUCCGCCGGCAUCCCUUUGACCAGACUAACAAAUAGUACGGCAAAUGUUUCCGGCGGCGGCGGCGACGUCAACGACGGCGUGAAUUUACAGAAGAAGCCGCCCAUAGCGGAGACGCUUAAAGCGAAGUUGAGAAAACAAAAAGAGCUUUAUAGUUCUAGCUCAACAACGACAACAACAACAAGUAGCGGUACAACAACAAGCACAAGCGGCGAUACGGGUGGUUCCAGCAGUAAUGGUGAACGCAUGCCGCCAUUGGCGAAAAUCGGUAGUGGCAGUGGCAGUGGCGUGAAGAGUACGCGCAAUCUAUCGCGCACAAAUUCAAAGCAAUACGAUCCAAGCAUGCGUCAGCUAAUCGGUAAAUUAAAUGGCCUCUGGCCCGAUCGUAGUGUUCCGAUUUCUGUAGCAAGAGAAAUCGAUGUGACGCAAGAAAAAUUGGAAGGCGCUUGGGAGACGAUAGGCAGAGAUGGUUCCAAGAUUACAACAGUCGUUGCCACACCUGGUCAAGGUACGGAUCGUGUGCAAGAAGUUUCCUACACAGAUACCAAGGUGAUUGGCAAUGGCAGUUUCGGUGUGGUCUUUCAAGCGAAAUUAUGCGAUACCGGCGAGCUGGUAGCUAUCAAAAAAGUUUUACAAGACAGACGAUUUAAGAAUCGUGAAUUGCAAAUUAUGCGCAAAUUGGAGCAUUGUAAUAUUGUAAAACUUUUGUAUUUUUUCUAUUCGAGUGGUGAAAAGCGUGAUGAGGUGUUUUUGAAUUUAGUCCUCGAAUAUAUACCAGAAACCGUAUACAAAGUGGCACGUCAAUAUGCCAAAACUAAGCAAACGAUACCAAUUAAUUUUAUACGGCUCUAUAUGUAUCAACUAUUCAGAAGUUUGGCCUACAUCCACUCAUUGGGUAUCUGUCACCGUGAUAUCAAACCGCAAAAUUUACUCUUGGAUCCAGAAACAGCUGUGCUGAAAUUAUGUGAUUUUGGCAGCGCUAAACAAUUGUUGCACGGCGAACCGAAUGUAUCAUAUAUUUGCUCGCGGUAUUAUCGUGCACCAGAAUUAAUAUUCGGAGCCAUUAAUUACACUACAAAAAUUGAUGUGUGGAGCGCCGGCUGCGUAUUAGCUGAAUUAUUACUCGGCCAACCGAUAUUCCCCGGCGAUUCUGGUGUCGAUCAAUUAGUUGAGGUUAUCAAAGUUUUGGGCACACCGACACGAGAACAAAUACGCGAAAUGAAUCCAAAUUACACGGAAUUCAAAUUUCCACAAAUUAAGAGUCAUCCAUGGCAGAAAGUUUUCCGUAUACGCACUCCGACAGAAGCUAUCAAUUUGGUAUCACAACUGCUCGAGUACACGCCCAGUGCACGUAUAACGCCCUUGAAGGCGUGCGCACAUCCAUUCUUCGAUGAACUGCGUCAGGAGGGUAAUACAACAUUGCCCAAUGGAAAGCCAAUGCCGCCAUUAUUUAAUUUCACAGAGCAUGAACUUUCGAUACAGCCAAGCCUAAUCCCACAAUUGUUGCCAAAACAUCUGCAAAAUAACAGCGCAGGUCGACCGGUCGCCGGUGCUGGUGGCGAAGGUGCUUCUGGCUCAGCAUCAAAUCCGUCAAGUGGCGCCGGUACGCCAGGCGGCGCAGCUUCCCAAGCAACUUCAGGCACACAAUCGAGCGCAUCAGCUACAGCCAGCAGCGGUGGUGCCGCUGCAGGGGUUAACACAUCGUCCAGCGCCUCAGCAGCAGCAGCAACAGCCGGCGCGUCAUCAGCGGCACCAGCAGCGCAAGCGAGCGCUGGCGGCGAUGCGUCCAACAAUAGCAAUGGCGGCGGCAGCGGUAAUCAACAGCAAGCGUCGUCCUCAUCGGCUGGUGGUGCGUCUUCAGCGGCAGGCGCGGGCGAUGCCGCUCCGAACGCCAGCGGUGGCAGCAAUGGUGGCGGUGGUAAUGGCAAUGGUGGUGCAGGCGCCAGCGGCGGCGGCGGCGGCGGUAAUGGGAGCGGUAACGGCACACAACCGCAACAGACAGCGACGACAAUGGGUUAGCGAGUUGAUGAAUAAGCGAGUACAUGGCGGGCCUAUUAAUUCUAAUACAAAAAUAAUUAAAUUUAAUACAUAAUAUAUAAUAAAUAAAUAAAUAAAAUAUAUAUAUACAUAUAAAAAGAAAAAACAAAAAGAGUAAAGAUUUAAAAAUUAAUAUUAAAAAAUAUAUAUAUACAUAAACGAAUGUGUGUAGUACGAGUACAGCAAGGAAAUUAAAAAAGUAAAAAAUAUAUAAUUAUAUAAAUAGAAAGAAUAAUGUGGAAGCAAAAACAAAAAAAAAAAAUAAAAAAAAAUUAAACUAACAAAUAUAAUUAAUUGCAUAUUAUAUGAAAAAAUAAUAAAAAUGAUGGGAAAAAUGGAGUUGGUAAAAACUUUGGCAGAUAAAAUACGAAAAAAACAACUACAAAACAGCAACAAAAAUCACAGUUUGCGCCUAAGGGCAGUUAAAUGUAUUACAACAACAAGCAAAUGUAUAAAGAAAAAAGAACAAGAACAAAAAUAGAGUAAAAAAGCAAAUUUAAUUUUCAAUAUUAAACAUAAUUUAAUCAUUAGCAAGAGUAAAAUGAAACAAAAACAAAAACAAAAACAAAACGUAUAUGCAAGUACAGUGCAGGCGUGUUUAGUAGGCAUACUGGUAUAAAGCAAAGCAGCAGGAAGCA